GAAAUGGAACGAACAUGUUUGGUUCUUGUGCUUAUGAGUAAGGCUCUCUCAGUCACGGCACAGUUCAAUGGGUACAACUGCGAUGCAAACUACCACAGCAGGUUUCCUGCGGAGCGGGACAUCAGUGUGUACUGCGGGGUGCAAACCAUCACCCUUAAGAUCAACUUCUGCCCCGUGCUGUUCUCUGGCUACACGGACAUUGAUCUGGCCCUCAACGGUCGUCACGGCGAUGCCCACUGCCGAGGCUUCAUCAACAACAACACCUUCCCCACAGUGGUGCUCUUUAGCAUCAGCCUGAAUACGCUGGAGUCCUGCGGAAACUCCCUGGUGGUAACCACGGCGCAUGGGGCCAACGCCUACGGGAACCUCUCCCUGGUGCAGAUCGGGAACAUAUCGGGCUACAUCGACACCCCAGACCCACCCACCAUUAUUAGCUACCUGCCUGGGCUGUUGUACAAAUUCAGCUGUAGCUAUCCUCUCGAGUACCUGGUCAACAAUACUCAGCUCGCGUCGUCAGCUGCAGCAAUAUCUGUUAAGGACAGCAAUGGCACAUUUAUAAGCACCUUGAGUUUAUUACUUUACAACGACUCCACGUACACGCAGCAUCUGGCUAUUCCUAUGGCCGGGCUGACGUUGAAGACGCGAGUGUUUGCAGCCGUGAAGGCCACCAAUCUGGAUAGAAGGUGGAACGUACUGAUGGAUUAUUGUUACACAACUCCGUCUGGGAACCCCAACGACGAGCUGCGCUACGACCUUUUCUUUAGCUGUGACAAGGACCCCCAGACGACCGUCUUUGAGAACGGAAAGAGCCAGAUGGGCCGCUUUUCUUUUGAGGUGUUCCGCUUCGUCAAGCACAAGAACCAGAAGAUGUCCACAGUGUUCCUGCACUGUGUCACCAAGCUGUGCCGCGUCGAUGACUGUGCACUUCUCAUGCCGAUCUGUGGAAGCAGAAAGAAAAGGGACGUGUCAGAUAAAAAGGAGUCGAGCUCCACCUCUGAGAAGGCGGUCAUAACGGCGGGGCCCAUCAUCACUCGCAGUGAUGAAACUCCAAUGAAUAAUUCUCAGAUGGGUAAGCCUUGACAUUGUUUCAAC